AUGGCUCAAUUACCGGCGCAGACGAUCCAUCGGGAUCCUCAACUAUUUUACUGGAUCCUGCUUCCCAUUACUGCUGUGAUGAUCUUAACAGGUGUCCUGCGAUAUUAUGCCACUGUCUUGAUGCAAACACCUCCCAAGAAGCUCGACCAGAAGGCGACGCGAGAGCAGCGAUCUUUACUGCACGGUAUCGCAGUGCGCAGUAACUUCCACGUUUUAUCCGAACCAUCUUUCCGCGCGAGACGAGACUACCUUACCAAUGCCUACGAAUCCGGUGCCUACCUGAAAGACCCCGAGCGACGUGGCCAGCCUCCUCCUAACCCGAUGACCGACCCUGGCGCUAUGGACGGUAUGAUGGGGAUGAUGAAGAACAACAUGGCUAUGAUGAUCCCUAACACUUUGAUAAUGAGUUGGAUCAAUGCCUUCUUCAGUGGUUUCGUCAUUAUUAAGCUACCUUUUCCUAUUACUAUCAAGUUCAAGAGUAUGUUGCAAGCUGGUGUUGCGACAAAGGAAAUGGACCCUCGAUGGAUGUCAAGUAUCAGUUGGUACUUCUUGUGUUACUUUGGAUUGCAAUUUGUGUUCAACUUCUUGCUUGGGAAUGAGAAUGCCGCAAAUCAAAUGGCUCAGCAGAUGGCAGGAAUGGGUGCCCAGAACCCUCAAAUGUUUGGCCCUGGUGUAGACCCCGAUAAACAGUUCAAGACGGAGGCUGAAAACCUUGCUGUAGUUGAGCAUUAUUCGGUUCUGGACGGAGUUGAGGGUCGAUUGCUCGAGGGUAUCAAGUCUAAAUAA